AUGGAAGAUAGAGGGGUGGUUCUGGAUAAGGAUAAAAUGAGUCAAGGGCUCGAAGCGUUGGAUAAGGCAUUAGGGGAAGAUGAAAUGAUAUACGCAUUUUCUCCCAUCACGAUGGUCUCCGCGGGCGGCUAUCUCGCGGUUUCAUAUUUUCAAAAUCGCUCGACAACGGAAGACAUCGAUGUGAUUAUUGAUCCGGAACACGCUUCUGAUAAGGAGUUGCUUUGCAAGAUGCGAACUGCCAUGGUGACAGUGGGGAGAGACUUGGGCUUCGGGAAAAAAUGGAUAAAUGACUCAGUUGCUCUAUUCGUCUCAAAAUCUGCUCGCAACUCCAUCUUUGAGGAUGCAGAAAAGCAAAACAUUGUUCUCUGGUCUGGUGAGAAUUUACGCAUACUGGCGGCACCACUGGAGUGGGGCUUGGAGACAAAGCUCCGGCGACUCUCUACCAAGCCACACCAUCUGAAAUCCGUCACCGAUACCGAUGAUGUCUUGGUCAUUUUGAACUCCCUGAUAGAUCGAAAUAAGGGGCUGCUAGAAAGAGAUGCUGUUCGAAGGCUAAACAGAAAUGGAUUUGAUGUCGCCAUUUCGUAUCAUGUUUUGGAUCAGAUCGCAGAGGCAUAUCAGCAACGAUAUGGAAAUAGCCCGUUUUGCUAA